AGUGCUAGGGUGAUCACAUGGGCCCCUGGAGUUCCCGUGUGCCUUGCCCUCUCCAUGCAAGCUCCCUUGGCUUCUGAAGGUGCACUGAGCAGGUAGAAGAGGCCAGAGUUGGGAAACUCUAGAAGAAAGGCACUGCAGUCGCUUGGAAAUCUCAGCAUAGGGAACCUCAGAAGUCAAUAAAGGAAAAAAGAGAAAAGCAGCCAUCAAUGGCUUCAGCAGUCCUGAUCAACAUAAAGGAGGAGGUGACCUGCCCUAUCUGCCUGGAGCUCAUGAGAGAACCCGUGAGCAUAGACUGUGGACACAGCUUCUGCAAAGCCUGUAUCACAUCCAAUGAUGACUGCGCCAUACGCCUAGGACAGGAGGGAAACUGUUCUGUGUGUCGAAUGCCUUACAAUUCUGAGAACUUACGGCCUAAUCGACACAUAGCCAACAUCGUGCAGAGUCUCAAGGAGGCCAAGUUGAGCUCACCGGAGCAGAAUGUGCAUCACUGCGCACAGCAUGAUGAGAAACUCCAGCUCUUCUGUAGGGACGAUGGGAAGGUGAUUUGCUGGCUUUGUGAGCGAUCUCAGCAGCACCGGGGUCACCACACAUGCCUCUUGGGGGAAGUGGCCCAGGAGUACCAGAACAAGCUCCAGACAGCUGCGGAGAAGGUGAUGAAGAACAAGGAAGAAUCUGAGAAGUGGAAAGCUGAACUUCAAGAAGGGAAAACGUCCUGGAAGGACCAAAUACAGGGUGAUAUAGAAAAUGUUCAGGCAAAGUUUAAAGAACUGGGAAUCCUCCUUGCUUCUGAGGAGGCAAAGGAGCUGCAACAGCUGAAGAAAGAAGAGGAGAGUGUUUUGAAUAGCCUAGAAAAGUGUGAAAAUGAGCUGGCCCAGAAAAAUGAGUUGUUGACAGAACUUCUCUCAGCUCUAGAGCACCGGUUACAUGGGUCAAGGAUAGAGAUGUUGCAGGAUGUAAAUGAAAUCAUAAGAAGAUGUGAUCUCCUGAUAAUAGAGAAGCCAAUGCCUUUCCCGAAGAAAGAAAGGAGAAGGUACCAAGCUCCUGACCUGAGAGGAAUGCUGCAUGUGUUUCGAGAGUUGACGGAUGCCCGCCGUUACUGGGUUCAUGUGAAAAUAAAUAAAAAUGAUAACCAGGAAAUGGUCAUUUCUGAAGACCAGAGAAACAUAAGAUAUGAAAAGCACUGUUCAAAUUCACGACGUGCCCGUGCAUGCCCCUUCUACCCUCCUGGGGCCCUGGGUCUCCCUGUGAUCACAUCAGGGAGACAUUACUGGGAGGUAGAUGUGUCUACUAAAGAAUCCUGGUUGCUGGGGUUAAGUGAUGGAAGAUACUUUGGUGGACCCGAGAAAUCAUCCUGCUCUAUGUGGUUACAUGAUGUUAACUACUUCAAUUCUGAGUCAGAAUUUCAGAUCGCUAAAGAAAGACAUUUUCGACGCAAAAAAGGCUUUUGGAUUAUUGCAAUGGAAAAUGACUGUGAAUAUAAAGUUUUUGGGGAGGAUCCUACUACUGGUAAUUCCUUGACCUUGAAAUACCUGCCUGCUCCUCUCAAGCGUAUUGGGGUUUUUCUAGAUUAUGGGGCUGGCACGCUGUCAUUUUACAAUGUGACAUACAAUGGGCUUCCCAUCUAUAAAUUCACUGACUGUCGCUUUUCCACUGGAGUCUUUCCAUAUUUCAACCCUUUAAAAUGUUCAGCACCCAUGAAACUAUGCUGAUCAAACUCUGUGCAUAGCACCUGAACCUGUUGAAUUUCAUGCAUCUGAGCCCUUCUGUGCCACCUGAAACAGCUUUCCUCCUAACUCAAAGUCGUUCACUCAUAAAUAGGUUGUACACCUUUCCUUGGGCCAUCUUCUUCCUCAUACCUUGUUUACUUGUGAGACAAUCUUAUGCCGUUGCUCCUAAUAGUCCCGAGGAGAAAUGUCUCAAUGCUGCUUUGUGAAGACCGGUAUUGAUGGAAGGCCUCUUGCAACUCUUUACAACCCCUUUCUCUCUGCCCUGGACAGGAGAUAGAACUGUUUCAACAAGUUCUCUGUGCUCUUGCAGACUAUGUAUAGGAGUCUUAAGCUGUGAGUCCUUCCUGGUCAGUGCCUUAGCUUUACUCUGAAUCUUCUUAUAAAAAGUACUGAUAAUAGUACCGAUGAAAAAGCAUACUUUAUGUCAUAUUGUGAAAAUUUAAAAAGAGAUUGUUCUCAGUAACAUGUUUUGUCUGGUAUAGAAGCAAGUAACUCAGUAUGUCUAUUCAUUUUUGUCUUUUACUCACUUACAUUAAACUAAAUAUU